UUCUGGGGAGAUUAGGAGGGAUGGGAUGAGGUAGGGAGGUAGGAUGGAGCUGGUCGCAGGAGACCUGUCACCCGAUCCACGGCGGGCGUCAAGCAGAGCAAAAUGACAAACCUUCACACACAACAAAAGGCGCUGCAACUCUUUCUUUCUCCCUCUACCCCUUCCCUGCCUCUCUCAGUUGGUCACAGCAGCCGCGCAGCAACAGCAGCAACAGCAGCAACAACAUCACGCGGAUACCAGCGGCGAUCGGAGACUGCAGGCACGCUGUAGCGGGAUACCCUUGCUUGUGGCCUCGUCUCCGACCUCCACACCUACCCGUCCUAACCGUCAUCUUCAUCUUGCUCCAUGUGUUCUGCUGCUAGCUGCACACCUACCCCACCCCCCUAGGGAAGAGGGGGCAGGGAGGAAAAGAGAAAAGAAAGAAAGAAAGCUGGCUUUGAGGAUGUUAUCUGGCUGAACAUGGCUCAGACGGUCUCGGCGCUGUGGGGGAUGUGUGACUGUUACUGAUUGAAGCCACGCGGGUUCUUUUCUCUUGUUUUCUUUGGUGAAUUCUCCCUCAUCUACAGGUGCACAAGUUUAGAUAGCCGCUCUCCUUUCGUCUCGAGGAACGACAGCAACACGUGUAACGCAUGGGAGUGAGAGAUGGAGGAGGUUCGUCGCGAGCAGCAGCAGCGCUGGUUGUCGUCUCUCGAGAGCUAGCUGGCCUGAAGAAUGAACAUCUGUAGACCAGAGACUGCGGUGUGUGGACGUCAUAUCGGAGACGAGAAAAGCUGACGUUCUUGCCGCACGACACGCGGCUGCGAGUGGUUCAACGUGCGGCCGUCCAGACUUCGAGCGUUUCCUCCUGUCGGGUGUGCUGAAGGAAGCUAGGAGAGCAGCAGAGGUUGGGGGGAGGGUUCGGGGGGUGGCUGAAAGAUUGCUACUGGCCUGUGUGUGCGUGCUUGCCAUCCUCCUUCGCACGUGCGACGGACGCCUGUGUGGCUCUUCAUCUGUGAGACGCGUCACGCAGGUGACGUUUGCUGCCCAACGGUUGUGCCGCAAGUGGACGCAAAGACUACAACGGUCUUCCACCUUCUGCUACACUUCCCAGAGGGAACCAGUGUCCGACUCAGAUGAGGCCUGGAUCGGAGUGCCCGAAGAGAGGAGUUCGAGGAGUCUUAUUGCCAACGACGAGAGUAGCUUUGACAGGAAUGUUGUCUUCAGGACCUCAGCGAUAAUACCUCAGUCCUUGGUGUCAUCACUUGUGCGAUGAUCUGACAGGUUUCAUUCAAUUACAUCGUUUGUGUCGCUUGAAGAACGUGGCUGCCAGAGCAUGGCUGAAGCUUCAGAUCCACUACCAAGUGUGUCUGUCAAUGAGUGGCCUCCUCAGGUGGUCGAGGACACCUUCGCGGCCUCGUCAGCUACAACGUCGCCGCCUAGCUCUUCACUGACGAUGGCAGGAGGCUUCUACUAAUGGAAGCAGGAGAGGAUGGACACGAAGACAGGACCGCCGGGAAAACGGCGGUGGAGGAGGUGGCACGGCGCAACGGUAUUGUGUGCAACACGAGUUACCCUUCCUUGUCCUCGGGGCCGUCCUUGCUGUCGGCCGCUUCCAUCACCAGGCUCAGGCUCAAAGCCUGCAGAACGUGUCCACCCUCUUCUCUCCAACCAUCCGAUGCCACGACAGCUGAGCCUGUCGAACUACAGCCACGAGUCGAUGCAGCCCAGAUCUUCAUCGGCCUUCGUGAGCUCCGCGGAAGAAUACGAACUUCAAAAACGUGCGGGCGGGCUGUAUGGCUCCCAGGUCAUCAACAGCAAAGGGUCGCGUGGUCAUGUGUGCCAGUCAGAGGCGAGGGACCCGGGCAACAGAGAGUUCGGCUUUCGUGGUCCGAACAUUCUGACGCCAACACGCAUGCCGAACCGUGCGAGAAGGAGUCCAGCUUUUGUGACUGCGCUUGCGAGGCGCACCGAAAAAUCAGUCAGACCAAGUCCCUCACUAUUCAGCUUGAAAGCCCUCUGCGGGCCGUUUCCACCAUAUCGAAUGAAACUCCAGCCGGCGGAGGAUCGAGUCGUGUGCGUUACCAUCACGGACGGACCUUGUCCGACUUCACCCACAAACUCAGGCUGGACCACUUCGGUGACAGCCCGAAGGCCUCGGAUUUGUUUCGCCCGUCCAGUCCUCCCGGCCAUCGCCAGCAGACUGCUAAAAACCGAAGGAGCUACCAUGGCCCCGAGACCGAGCGACUGUUUGUGAUAUUCGAUCGUAAGCGUGCUUCCGAACACCACAGCGGGGACUUCCCGGCGGAUUUUGCUUACCAUGGCAGCAGGCAUAAGAAUCCCGGAGGGCCAGCUCGAGGACUCCUCUGAUUACCCCCAGGCUGUCUGUGACUCGCACCUCUCUGCCUACUCCUCCGACUGCCCCUCAGACACCCAACCCCUGCUGGCCGUGCCCAAGGUGCGGGUACAGAGUUCUCCAGUGAGCUCAGACCUCCAGCUGUGCCUUGACAAUUCUCUCGCGAGGUUCCCAUACCGCUCGGAAGACUCGGCUUCCUGUCGGAAGAGUUCGAGGGAGGAGUCUAAUGGACACAAUGCUACGACGGUGCUGAUUCCUCCAGCUGCCAGUAGUAACAGCACGGGGGAGACCCCCCGACUGGGGGUGGUGGUGACAGCUAGCUCCCCCACCGGCUCGGACACCCUGGCUGCGCCCCCACUGAGCGAACUUUACAGGUAUCACGUGUUCUUCUCGCACUGCGCGCAGGACGUCGCGUGGGUGCAGAGCGUGGUGGAGCGACUGCAGGACUCGCCGUACAACUACAGGUGCGCAUUCUCACCUGACCUGGAGCAGGAUCGUGCGGCUCUGGAGCAGAACCUCUUGUGUUCGGCCAUGCUCAGCGAGAGGGUUAUCUUAGUGCUAAGCCGCCAGUAUGUGAAGGAAACGUGGUAUGUCUUCGAGAAGAUUCUCCGGCAGCUGACACAAAUGAGUCUGCACAACCAGCGGAUCAUGGGAGUACUGCUCGAGGACUGUGUCAUUCCCGAAAGCCUAGGAGAACUCUACUUCCUGGACACAUCUGACCCAGACUUCUUUGAGGUUUUCACAAAGAGAUUGAAGUCCGGCCGCAUUCCACGCAGCAGUGACUCUGUCAGCAGCGAUCUGGCCGGCAGGGGAUCCAUUGCACCUCCACCAAGUGUGGUGAACGGGCAAACCUUGGCUCAGUGCACCCUGGCGGUCAAGGUUGGCUGGGACAGUUACCUCCAGGUGGUGGACACCUCCGACGAACUUCCUCCUAGCCUGAAAUCAAACGGAAUUAAUCUGGAGCGUCCGGAGUACUGCGCCAUCGUGCACAACGUGUCCACGGUGCUGGGCGGCAGCAACAAGUUGCCGUGGGUGCUGUGCGUGCAGCCGCUGGUGGCGCUGUUGAUGGCCGCGGCCCUCUGGCUCCCCGCCUUCAUCACCGUCCUCGUCCUGCAAGUCGACGACAACUCUGGAAUGGCCCUUCCAGUACGUCUGGUGGUCUUCGUGUUUCCCUUGGGGAUUGUCAGCUUUGGUUACCUGCUGAAAUGGCGCCGUCGAUACUGGCUGUCGAAGAUAGUUAGAAUACUGGUCCAGAACUGUGUGAAGAUGAAUCAGCUGCUGUACUGCGAAGGUCGUCCUAUCCUGACAACAGCUGGUCAUGUCAGAGCCAACAACUUUGCGGUUUAUUUUGUUUACUUUGAUCUCACAGAUUGUGUGAGAAGCGUGGACUUGCUGUUGUUCACCUGUUUAGAAGAUGACUGGGACAAAUUGAUGCGGCUGGUGGAGUUCUACACUCGUGACAAGUCGUACCUGGCCCAGGUAUCCAUGUCGGAGCGUCUGACAGUCAUGAUGGCUGCGGCCUACCUCCUGAAGCUGGUCCGCUGCGUCCUGCCUCAUCCUCCGCAGCAGCGCCACAUCGGAGGUCAGCUGUGCCUGUGUCAGUUCACCGAGGAGUGCGUCACGCGCUUCGUCCACGCGCUGGAUCGCGAGGACGUGCCAGCUCUGGCCGAGCUCUUCACGCGCCACCUCUUCGGCUACGUGUCGGGAUCGGCGGUGCAACGUAUCAACAAGGACCUGUUUCAUCGUCUCCACGCCACGGGGCAAUGACGUCACUUCCGUCGGAAACGCCAGCCGUCACGUGAAGCGAGACGAAUGUUUCACUGCGACGUCCAAAACGUUGUUUUUUAAAUUUUCUUUAGUUCUCGGACUUUUGUGAUGAAAAAGGGUGUUAGGAGAAAUUUCACAUACAGGAUGGAAUACACAGAUAUUGUGUUUCAAACUGAAUGGAGAACUGCGUGGGGUUCCCUUCUCGUGUCCUAUUCAUCUUUUCUCAUUCUGAUCAGCAUUGACUUGCACUCAGCUCGCCAAACUGUGUCGUGCAGAGCAAGCACACGGGAAAAGUAAUAUUUUCUUACAUUACGAGAUAGCAGCUGCAGCUGCUAGUUAUGGCGUAGAUGAACUCUUUUUACAGGAGAAAAUUGUGUGUUCAAAGAUGAUGUUCCCUCUUUACUUAGCUUUUUUUAUUUGCUGUUCCGAUGAAUGUAAAAGUGCGAUAAAUGAUAAAGGACAGUUAUAAAGGAGCAACACAGUGAAGGAUAAAAAAAAGUCGAGUUUGAAAUGUUUUUUGAGAUACCCUAAAUUAAAUUCCUAAUACGCCAUACGUUAAAGUAUCUGAAAUAUGUUGAAGUACCCUAGCGCUACUUCUAGGGCUGUCUCCCCAGUAAGCUCUGGGACAUGAUCUGUAUUCAUGUAUUUUAUGUUUUGUUUCUGUUUACUUCUGUAGAUCGAAACUCGUGAGCUGCGUUGACAGGCUGGUUCCUUUGCUGUACACAGAAGACAGUUAUUUACUUUAUUGUUUUGCCUCCGGUUUUAUCUCAUUCCCCAAGAAGCUAUAUGUCACAGUAAUCGCACUCCGGACCCAAGACAAGUCUUCGGUCGAGGUUUUCUCCCAUUUUUUCUUCGAUUUUUGCAUUAAGAACCCACUUUAUCUUCAGCCACGGACCUCGUUUACUGAUGUAGGUAAUGUAGGUCCGUGUCUACAGCCUCUAGCCAUCUCUGAGGUAUAUGUAGGACUAAGAUGAGUUAUUGAAAACUUGCUUUAUUCCUGUUGCACUACCGUGAAAAAACGAGAACUUCAAAUGUGCAGACAUUCUAUGUUGGUUUUCCUCGUGAUCUUUAUUUUUAAAUUCCUCCAAGAUGAUGUAAAUACUUCAAGUGAACCUUACCUUUCAUAUUCCCGCUGUGAAGGUCCAUCUUAUUAAUCAGAUGGAUUUCCUGUAAUAUGUUUCCGGUGUUGCAAGCUAAAGGGAUUGAGAUGCCACUGUGUUAAAUGGACGCAGUGUGUUUAAGAAAUAAAUUAAGGCAGUGGUCUGCAGUCAAGAAGCUUCAGUUUGACGCCAUUGUGACAUAGGAAUUGUAUGUGAACCAUGUAUUACAGCUACUUUUCAUUUGAGUCUAAUAUUCCAUAAAUGUACGACUGUUAAGAUAAUCCGUGUUACGCAUGUUUGGUCAAGCGAAAGAUGUAUAUAUGCCGAAGAGUACUUCUUGUUUGUGCCAUGUCUACACCGAAACCAAAGUAAGUUGUAAAAUCUGCUUUAUCUUUUUUAUAUUGACAGAGGUUAUACCAUGAAGAGAUUACUAUUACAUUUUCUAUUAAUUCUAUUUUAGAUAUCCAGUACUGAUACAAUCUUUUUGAAUAUUUGUGGGCUGACGGACUUCUUGCAAGUAACCAGUCAGAUUUCCUAUACAAGGGCUGUAAAUCUUCUGUAGGAUACUUUAAAUGUCAUGCUUGCAUGGAGACCUCAGGAGUGUGGUCUUACUGCUUCGUGUGUUGUGGAUGUAUAUAUAUAUAUGUGUGUGAGUGCGUGUAUACACUUUUCUUGUGAAUUUCAUCAUUUGCAGCUUAUGCACGAUAUAAGGACAUAUCACAUUGUAUUCACGUCCAAAUCUGUUAGCAUCUUCCCCCUAACAGUAAACCGAUCUGAACUCCCAGGAUACCUUAUUCACCAACAUCAACGCUGAACUUGUGUGUAAAUAUCUUUAGCUAAGCUUGUGGGUACCAAAUCAUUCCUAUUCUGAACACCAUUUGUGAAAUAUAUUCAUACCAUUCACAUUUGGGAUGCACUGACUGAAUAACUUUUUGCAUAUGGCGCUGCUUGGUCGUUGGUGAAAUUGCUGUUGCAGCAGAAUAAUAUGCUCUUAUGUAACAAUGUUAUUAUACCUGGUCAGCUCUGUAUUAUACCUGAGUAAUAGCACAGUCAUCUUUCUUGCUAGCAUCAAAUUGUCAGGAGCACCAAUCUAUUGUUCUUCACUUUCACCAAAGACUGACAUUUACCUUCCCUAUACUAAGGUCUGAGCAACUAGAGGAAGAAAAAAAAUGGCAUCUAUUAUUGAAGAACUGUGUGGAACAUUCCAUUCACUCUAAUCAAUGCUUUAAUAUUUUCAAGGGACAUCGAUACGUCCAUGUGUCAAAAAACUAAUUAUAAUUCAAUUAAAAUUAAUGUCAGGAUGCUAAAGUAUAAUGCUAUUAAAACUAAUGUCUGUAAAAAUUUAUUGUAAUCCUAAAUUUAUUUAUGUAAGAAAAUUUCAAUCGGGCGUAAAUAAAUAAAUAUGCAACAAAUAACAACAUGAGGAACAGAAUUUGAUUAUUUCUUAUAUACAAAAUUUGCUGUCCCAAAAGAAAAAUCCAGCUCCGAGGCUGAAAAGCUUUAAGAAAGGAAAGGAGUGUCUUUUUAUUGUCGUGGUUAUAAAUAACAUCAUGGCUAAAAGCUCCAGAGUUUGUCUCCCGUCCCUGACUUUCCUACAUAAAUUAAUUCCUGUUUUUCUUCCAAUGGACAUAUUCCUUGCCGGGGAGUGUUCAACCUCUUCAACCUCUGUUUUCACUUUAGUCUGAAUUCCCUCAGGCUUAAACCCUUGUUCAAUGUCUUUGUGAAUUUCGUCAUGCGUUAACAUUAUUUUUGUUUAUUCUAAUAAGAAGGGUGGCUGAAUCACAGUCAGAGUUAAUAAAUAAAAAAAACGCCUUGAAAAAAAAAGCCAAAUCCACAAAAGAAUUAAAUUCACACAUAUGAGAAAAGAGAUUUACCUCGAAAUUACAAUAUUAUCAAAAAGAAGCCUUGAAUUCUCGCCAAUGUGCAAAGUUGACUUCCAGGUUUUGAUUGACAUUAGCUAUUUUUAAUUUAAUUUGCAGCUAGACGGGGAUCCGGUAGUGUAGUGUUUAAAACACUCGCUUGUCACCACCGCUGCGAGAGGCCUUGUGUUCAGAUCUCAUGUCGGGAGGGCUGGAUGUAACGGUUCCUUUGAGUACUCCAAGGUGGAAACACUUUCCUACUCAGCCAAUCAACAACCAUCAUCUGGUGAUGUCAUCCGAAUAGUUACAGGGAGGUGUUUCCAGCAAAAGCUGACUUCAAUUUCAAACUUACUGUCUUUCGAUCAAUUUUUUUCAAGAAAAAAUUUUCAGAUACACGGGUAUUGAACUGCUGCGCCUCCGGUUCGCGUGCCUGUGUUUACCUCGGUUACCUGCUUCCCCGAUCGACAACGGCAUCAGUCUAAUCUGGACAACUUGUUAGCAUAGGAAAAGCAUCUCUUAUCAAAUUUUGUUGAUUUCUGAGUAACUUUGAUUUGGUUCCUCAAUUUCAAGAUCUUUUGUAACUUCCACUUGUGUGUUAAGUAUGGUUUAUAACUAGGGACUUCAAGCAAAACGAAUGUUCUUUUGAUCGCUCGACAUUAUUGGACAACAUAGGAGUGAUAUUGUUUUCUUAUGAGCUUCGAUCAGCAUUUUAUGCAGCAAGUCUGCCAAAGCGUUAUAGAUGUAUUCUAGUGGAAGAUGAUGAAUGCAUAACAUGCUAUUUUAAAAGCAAAAUAAAUAUGUAAGUGAGUGGUGUUUGUUUUUUUUUUGUUUAUGUUUUUUUUUUAAGCGCCGCUCCGUUUUUCUGUUUCCCUGUAUCCAUCCUUCUCUUUAUUUCUCUUUUUUCUUUCUCUCUCUCUAUAUAUAAAUUCUUUUUUGUGUGAAAACACACACACUACUGCACAUCGAACCUCCUCACACGCACAAACGAUAAUUCCUUUGAACACACUCCCUGGUUUUUCAUGUAAAUAAACUAUAAACCAAUACUGAGUUACAUUUUGUGCAGCCAUCUUUAUUUAAAGAUUGUGACUUUUCUAAAUUUGCUGUUACAAGGUUUUUUUUGUGUCUGUUUGUGUCACGGCGAACUGAUCUUUGUAUUUAUUCUCAGUAUUUGACUGCUAGCCGCACCAUAUGUAUAUCUCCAAGGAUUUCAUUCACAUUUGCAGAAUUAUCACUCUUUGAAUUUGUUGAACAGAAUGCAUUCAGAUGGAAUGUUUCUUGUCAUAUUACACUUUUUAGUUAAAUAAAUGUGUAUAUAUGUGUAUGCAUGUAUAUAUUUCUUUUGAUCGUAUAGUUUGCCCUGACUUGUGAUGGUAUAUCAGCCACUUCCAAGAGGACUAAUUUUUGCAUCAUAAAUUGUGUUUUGUUUCUCGACGUUGGCUGUGCUCACAUGAUUGUUUCCUUGUCAUGCACAAAGCACAAGUGAAGAAUGUGUCAUUGUCAUAUCCAGCUGUAACUGCAAUCCUCAAAAAAUUAAACAACACUAUUAUUUUAUCAUCUUUGUGUUUGGAUUUCUUCUUAUGUUUUUUGUAUGAUACAGGGGUGUCUCUUCAUCUAUGCUACGUUUGGACUGAAGCUGUUUCUCUUAAAUCCUUUUUAUCCAGAGUAAAGUGAGCGUAAGGAAGCACACAAGAGAGCAGCAUGCCAUAUUAGUUCGAGGUCUUUUUUUGUGGUGGCUUCUUCCAGUUCCCCGUAAAGAAAGCAAAACCAAACAAACAAACAAACAAACAAACAAAACCAGCAAAAACAAAAAAACAAAAACAAAACAAAACAAAAAAUGCUGCUUCUCUCUUAAUUGCUUUCAUUGUUAUAUUGAUAAGUUCAGAUUGACUGGCAAGAAUAGCAGGAACUAUUACUACAGGACAUUUGAGA